CCGAUGCGACGAAAGACGAGGAGGAACAACUAAACCCCAAAUUGUUUCAUUUAUUUUUGGUAAACAUGACUGAGACUCCGGUUUUAACUAAAAAACAGCGAAAGGCCACCCUUUCGGCUAGAAAAACUAAAACCAAAAUUACCUUAAGGAAUGUUCUUGUUAUUCCAUUUGCCAAAUAUUGGCCUAUCAUUAAUGGGGACGACGCGAAGGAACUUUACGAUGUUAUGUCCAAAGAUCUGCCAAAUAUGGUUGUGAAAAAGCCAAAAAUUCUUUUUACUGAGCUUAAAAACGUCCCAAAGGCUGAUCGGAAGGCAUUCAAGAAGUUGUAUUUACUGAACCACCCAGAUGGUAGCAAUGAAGAGCGCAUAAAGAAAAGGGAAGGUGUAAUAUUUGGAGUAAACGAUAUAACAAAAGUAGUUGAACAAUGCAUAGUUAAGUCUGUGCUCAUCACAGAUGACGUUAAGCCCAAGUUAAUGGUAGAACAUCUGAUUGAUCAAUGUGUUUUAUUCAGAAUUCCGACUUUAGUUGUUCCCAAUUUGCGAACUAAAUUGGAAAAAAUAUGCGGUUUUUCAAGCAUUGCCAUUGGUUUUACGCAACCAGUAAAAUAUGAAGACAUACAGCAGACAAUUGAAAAGCUGUGGGUCAAAUGCCCAGUACCUAGAGAACAUAUUAAUUUUAAAAGAUCCGUUGAUCGAAUGGAUGUAAUUGUUAUUAAUGAAACUCUAGAUACAAGUAUUGUUAAAGCCUCUGAAAGCAAAGCAAAUGAGCACAUGGAUGUACCUAACUCGCCAAUGUCGGUUACUGAAUGUAGCUCAAUCUAUUUGUAUAGAAAAGGAAAAGGAGAAAGAGCAUUUGUUCCAGAAAAAAGUAGCGAUGAAUAUAAAAAUAGCAGCAAAAUGGACACAGAUGAAUCUGGGUUUUUAUCAUUUUCCAAUGGUCAAAAUAUUUGCAACCAAACAGAGGAAAACUCUGACAAGUAUAUACCUUUGAAGGUAAAGAAAAUUAGAGGAGACUCUAAUCGGCGAAAGAGAAAAAUUGAAGAAAUGAAGAAAGUGAAGAAAAAGCCGAAGUCUUAAGAGGUUUUUAAAUUUGUAUUUCAUGAGCUGGAUUAACUUUGUAACACUUGUUGUAAUAUAUAUAUUUUAAGUGA